CUGCCUGCAGGUCUGCACGUCAUUGGUUCCCAGCACCUCUUGAAGCCGGAGAGCAGGAGCAACCUGUGAGGACCCCCUGCAGCCCAGGAGAAGGGGGCAUCUGGACAUGGAAACAGCCCGCCAUAAAAACGAGGGACCACUGGAAAACGAGGGACAGCCAGCAGAUGAAGUGGAGCCAGAAGAUGAAGACAAGUCAGACGAGGAAGCCAAGUGGGAGGAGGAGGGCAAGGGGAAGAGCGAGGGACAGCUAGGGGACCAGGGCGCGCCGGGCGCUGAGAGCCGAGCAGUCAAGGAGGGCCAGCCUGAGAAGCAGGGUCGGGCGUCCGGGGCGGGCCAGCCCCCUACCCAGGGCCAGCCCGCAGCCCCCGCGGCGCCGCCCGAGAGCGAGCGGCGCGCCGCUGAGAAGCGCCCGGCCGAAGACUACGUGCCCCGCAAAGCCAAACGGAAAACGGACCGGGGCACGGACGACUCCCCCAGGGAGUGCCAGGAGGACUUCCAGGACCGGCAUGCCAGCAGCGAGGAGAUGCUGAGCGAGUGCGCCGACGUGUCCAGGGCGCAGGAGGAGCUGCGGAAAAAGCAGAAAAUGGGCGGUUUCCACUGGGUGCCUAGAGAGGUUCAGGAUCCCUUCACCCCUCGGGGCCAACGGGGCGUGCGGGGCGUGCGGGGAGGAGGGAGGGGCCAGAGGGGCUUGCACGACGUCCCCUACCUGUAG